CACCAUAAGCUGCAAUUUGCUGCUACAAGCAUCUGGUAUCUGCUUGGGGCUGUCAGUGGGUUUGGUUCCCCUUGCUAUUUUGUGGUGAAAGCUUUGAUGAGAAAGCGAAAUGAGAGGACUCUUAUAAAUUGCAAAAUGUGUCUCUUUUGGGUGAUUGUGUGCUGUGAGAAGAGGGCAGGAUCUCUCAAGAGACUGCAGCACUGGGUAUGUACACUUGCACAUUAUAUAUAACCAUUUAUACUCACCGGAGAAUCAAAAGGAGGAAAUGGUUUGAGAAAGGCUGAGUGGGUGCCUCAGCUGUUUUACUUUUCCCCUGUAUGCCGGUAAAUGGUCAAGCUCUCCCUGAGCACUGUUUGUUUAACAACUAAAAAGAAAGCAUUUCAUGACACUCCAAAGAGUAAAUAUCUGAAGUUAUGGAUUAACUAAGUUCCAGCAGAGCUCAUGGAGGAAGAACAGAUCACACUGAUUCCCACUGAAUAAAGCAGUAAGUGCUUCAAAAGUAUUGUAUCCUUUGAGAUUUUUAAGUACAGCUUGCUUUAAUGGAGCAUGAAACUUGUAAAAAAUGUCCAGUGACAAGGGGAGGGUGUCAGGACAGGCCAGAAUUUUUCUGGGAGAGCUGCUGAUGUAUUAAAGGGAACGAGCAAAGCAGUCUGGAGGGACCCUAGUGAACAGCCACUCCAGAGCUGGAGUCAGAGACAGGGCACAGCAGAGCAUUCAGCAGAGAAGUGGCUUUCUGAAAAGCCAGUGAGUGAGCUGGCUGAGCUGGCUGGGUGGGAACUGUCUGCAGCAGGGUCUUGUGUCACUCAUGUGCUCUUCUUGACGCCUGCCCUCUCCUCCUCAGGUGACUCCUGCUGCAGGAUGUGGAAGCUCCUCACUGUGGGGCUGCUGCUGGCUGCCUGCUCUUCCUGGGGCUGCUGCACCUCAAUAUUUUACAGCAGUAAAGAUGCAAACCAAGUCCUGAGAAUCCAGAAGAGGUCAAACACUUUCCUGGAGGAGCUCAAGGCAGGCUCUGUGGAGCGUGAGUGUGUUGAAGAGCGCUGUGACUUUGAGGAGGCCAGUGAGAUAUUUGAAACCAAGGAAGAAACACUAAAUUUUUGGAGCAAGUAUGUAGAUGGAGAUCAGUGUAAACCAAAUCCUUGUUCCAAUGGGACCUGCAAGGACAGUAUUGGAAAAUUUUCCUGCAUCUGUAACAAAGGCUGGGAGGGGGUUUUGUGCAGUUAUGAGGUCAAAUACAGCAACUGUUCCAUGGACAAUGGGGGCUGUGAACAUUUCUGCAGGGAGGACCCUGCUGAGCAGCAUCGCUUGUGCAGCUGUGCAUCGGGGUAUGAGCUCAAGGAUGACCACACCACGUGUGAGCCUGUAGUGGAGUUCCCCUGUGGAAGAGUGAAGUCAGACUACAUUGAAGCCAAAGCAGACUUCAGUAUUCGGCUCAUUGACGGAACAGUUGGAAGAAGGGGAGGCAGCCCUUGGCAGAUUAUGCUGCAAAAUACCGAAGGGAUGUUUCUGUGUGGGGCUGUUCUCAUCCAUCCAUCUUGGGUCCUAACAGCAGCACACUGCCUUGAGGAACACAAGGGGUUCAAAGUUAAACUUGGUAAAUUCCGUUUCCGUCCUGAGGCAGAUGAGCAAACCAUUUGGGUUGAUAAAUGGGUGACCCACGAAAAUUACACCAAGACGACCUCAGAUAAUGACAUAGCCAUGCUGCACUUGGCUGAGCACGUGAUGUAUUACAAAUACGCCCUCCCCAUCUGCCUUCCCACCCGCAACCUGGCGGAGCAGGAGCUGACGAGGAGCGGGAAGGAGGCGGUGGUGACGGGCUGGGGCACCGCGAGCGAGCGUAACCACACCUACGCCCCUUUCCUCAAUUACAUCCAGAUCCCCAUCGUGCCCCGCAACGAGUGCGCCCAGGCCAUGCGCUCCCGGAUCUCUGACAACAUGCUGUGUGCUGGGAGCCUGGGGGACAGGAAGGACUCCUGCCAUGGGGACAGCGGCGGCCCCAUGUUCACUAGAUACAAGGAUACUUGGUUUCUGGUAGGGCUGGUCAGCUGGGGUGAAGGCUGUGGAAGAAAGGGGAAAUUUGGAGUCUACACCAAAGUUAGUCAGUACCUUGAGUGGAUCCAGCACCACAUAGAUAAGUCAGCUCCUUUGAAGGGUUAAUUCUGAUCCAGAGUCUGGAAUGUUGUGACUCUGUGCUAGUGACAGUAUACACUAUAAUGUACUGUCAGAUCUUCAGUAUUAAAUAUUGAGUAUGUGUUCA